GGUGGGCGGUGUUUUCCAAAGAAUCCAGCCAAUCACAGUCACCCACGACCGGUCGCUUGAGUUCGCUGUGACUGGGGAAAGAGAAGCUAUGUUGAACACAUGGGACUGUUGAGAAUUAGGCGAAACAUAGUUAGAAUAACAUCAGCCGGGACAUAACGAGAUUGGACCUGUCUGAUGCAAAUCUAAUCAUGGUUUCCAUCGACCAUGUCGCUAGCAAAAUACUGACUUACAUCCCAUAUGUUCUUGUUUUGAUUGAUAUGAGAUAUGAAGGAGUGAAAUGUGGCAGGGACGGGAGUGUGGACAAUCAUAUGGAGAUGGGGAAGAAACUGCUAGCUGCUGGCCAGCUAGCCGAUGCCCUCUCUCAUUUUCAUGCGGCUGUGGAUGGAGAUCCCAAGAACUACAUGGCCUACUACAGGAGAGCUACAGUCUUUUUGGCAAUGGGGAAGUCAAAGUCUGCACUUCCAGAUUUGAGCAAAGUUAUUGAACUAAAACCAGACUUCACAUCUGCACGCCUUCAGAGAGGAAAUCUCCUUCUGAAGCAGGGGAGACUAGAUGAAGCGGAGAGUGACUUUAAGAAAGUGCUGAAGUCCAACCCUAGUGACAAAGAGGAGCGGGAAGCCCAGAGUCUGCUGACAAAGUCGGAUGAAAUUCAGCGGCUGGUGGCUCAGGCACGCAGCAGCUUCGACAGGCAGGAUUAUGUGACAGCUGCUGUCCAGCUUGACACUGUCAUUGAGACUUGCGUUUGGGAUGUGACCUCUCGUGAGAUUCGAGCCGAGUGUUUUAUUCAAAUGGGGGAGAAUGGAAAGGCCAUCAGUGACCUCAAAGCUGCAUCCAAGCUAAAGAGUGACAAUACCCAAGCUUUUUACAAACUCAGCACCAUCUACUAUAAUCUUGGAGACCAUGAGAUGUCCCUCACUGAAGUACGUGAGUGCCUGAAGCUUGAUCCUGAUCACAAACAGUGUUACAGCCAUUACAAGCAGGUCAGGAAGCUCAACAAACAGAUCCAGUCUGCAGAGGAACUCAUCCAAGAGCAGAGGUAUGAAGACGCAGUGAGCAAAUAUGAGGCAGUGAUGAAGACCGAGCCCAACGUGCACCAUUUCUCUCUCCUUGCCAAGGAGCGGAUGUGCCAUGCGUUGACACAGGGCCAGCAGGCUAGCAGAGCUAUCUCAGUGUGUGGCGAAGUCCUCCAGUCGGACCCAGAGAACGUUAACGUGCUGAAGGACAGAGCUGAGGCCUAUGUCCAAGAGGAAGAGUACGAGGAAGCUAUUAAGGACUAUGAGACUGCUGCGAAACACAGCGAGAAUGACCGCCAGAUAAAAGAAGGUCUAGAGAAAGCUCAACGACUUCUCAAACAGUCUCAGAAGAGGGAUUAUUAUAAGAUCCUGGGAGUGAAGAGAACUGCCCAGAAGAAGGAGAUCAUCAAAGCCUACAGGAAACUGGCACAACAGUGGCAUCCAGACAACUUCCAGGAUCCAGAGGAAAAGAAGAAGGCUGAGAAGAAGUUCAUAGACAUCGCUCAGGCUAAAGAGGUUCUCACUGACCCAGAGAUGAGAACCAAGUUCGACCAAGGAGAGGACCCCAUGGAUCCGGAGAGCCAGCAGGGUCGUCAUCAUCAGCACUUCCAUGGAGGCUACCAGGGCUUCCAGGGUUUCAAUCCGUUUGGCUCUGGACCCUUUAACUUUAAAUUCAACUUCAACUAAGGAAACUCAUGUCCAGCACAGCUGGAGCGGAUUUUCGUAUUUUCCUCCCUAUUUAAAAGGGAGAUCACUGGCAUGAGGAAUGUCAGAAAUGUCAUCAGUCUCACAAAAUGCGGAGCCAAUUGUGACUUUGAAUUCAGUGACCUUAAAUUAAAUAUGCAUCUUUGUUGUUGAUGAUACAACUUUGAAUUUCAUUUGGGGAAGGUCUGUUGCUAUGCUAACAAAUAUGUUCCAUGUGUGAACCAGCUUUUAUCUCUUUAAGUAUAAGUGGUUAAUUCUGACACUUGCAUCUUUUCCACAUCUUUACAAUUCACAUCCAUUCUUAAGAGUCAAUUUGCACAUAGGUACAGUACUAUUUUUAUAUGAAUGGAGUUUUUCAGAACUGUAAAUAAAGAGCUAUUUAUGUACCUUAAAUUGAA